AUGAGUUUUAAUAUUGACAGUACAUAUAAAAAAACUCAAUUAAAUAAUAAAGCGGAUGAUUUAUUUCUUAAAGGAUUUUUAAAGGCAAAUUUUUUAAAUAAAUUUGAAAUAAUAUCAAAAUAUAAUAGUGGACAAAAUUGCCAUACCAAAAAUAUAAAUAAUGAACACUUUGAACGUAUUUCUAAUGAUUCUUGGUAUGACACAAGUGUUUUAAAAAAAAAAAAAGAUAUUUAUUUACUUUGUAGAGAAAUAAAAAAUAAUAAUUCUGAAGAUUCUUAUAAGAAAAAUGAAAUAUCUAAAAGUAAAUUAGAUAGUACGAAAUUAAAUGAUAGUAAUAUACCUAAAAAUAUAUUAAAGCCAAUUAAUGAUAUAGCUUCAAACGAAAAUGACAAAAAAAACAUGUACGAUUUACCAUAUGGUAGUCAUUCAUCAUAUAAACAUACACCAUCAGUUAAAAUUAAAGACAAAAAAUUACAUAAAAUAACAAAAAUAAAUAAUUUAAAAAAAGAAUAUAUAAAAAAUUCAAGUUUCAAAUUUAGUAACUAUAAAAUUUUCGAAAAUAAAGAACUUGAAACAAGUAGUUGUAACUCUAAUUUAAAUAAAUUAAAAAGUAACUUUACUGGAUUCAAGAAUAAAAUAAAAAAAAAAAAAGAAUUAAAAAAUAAUUUUUCAAAAUAUAAAAGGUCAAAUUCCUCAAAAAAUUAUAGGGAUUAUAAUUUAUGUAAUAAAAAUGUAAAAAAUUUUCUUGAAAAAGAUGACUUAAAUUCUCUAAAAAUGAAAAUGUUUGAUCAAAAUAUUCACCAUAAAAAUGAUAAUUAUUUAAUGAAUAAUUUAAAAAAAUAUACUUACACAAAUAUCAAUGAGUCUGAUAUACUAAAAGAAAAUAAAAAUGAUGAUACGAAUGAAAAAAUUCUUUUAGCACAAAUAAAAAAAGAGGAAUAUUUUUCUUCUAGUAAUACAAAUAAUAUUUUAGAAAAUGAAAAUAAAAAAUCUUCUGAACAAGGAAUAAAUUUUAUGAAUGAAAUUGAUGAAAAAAUUUCACACACCGAUGAAGAAUUAUCUAAAAUUUAUAAACCAUUUAAUCAAGAAACAAAAAAAAAAGAUGUAAAAAAGAACAUAUAUAAUUUAGAAGAACAAAACAUUUUAUGCAACAAAAUUCAUAAAGAAAAAAAAAUUAUCGAAAAUGAAAAAAAAAUUGAUUCAUUAUCAAAGAAUUAUAUAUUAAGUAAAUAUAGAUUAAAUAAUGAAGAAAUAAAAAAAUCUUUAGGUAAUUUAUUUGGAAAAAUAAACAGUAAAGAAAAGAAAGAAUUAUUACUAGAAAGUUCAUUAACUAAUUUGGGGUUAUCAGAUGGUAAAAUAUUAGAAAAUUUGAGUAGGGAUAAUUCUAAAUAUAUCAAAUCAAACUUUGAAGUAUCUAACAAGGUUUCAGAAGAUAACGAUGUGAAAUUGUCAUAUUUAUCAGCUCAAAAAGUGUAUUAUAAGACAUCUAUUAAUACAGAAAUAUUUUUUACAGUUGAUUUUAAAAUAUAUAAACCUAUACUUAUGAAAAAUGUAACACAAUUAUGUGUAUAUAUGGAUAAUAAACUAUUAAAAAAUAUUUAUAUAAAUGAAUUUCCACAAAGUUUUUCUCUUGUUCUUCAACCAAGAAUAAAAAUAAACAAUGAAAAAAUUUUUGUUAAGGUUAAAAAUAAAAUCAUCAAUAUAAAAGAAUCAAAUGUAUUAAAAUUUAUUUUUCUAAAUAAUGAAAAGGAAAUAGGAUAUUCACAUGUUAGUAUCAAAAAUUUAUUAUGUUUAGGACCUGAAGGAGGAGUUUUUGUAUUAGUAGAAGAUUAUGAAAAAAGAAUAAAAGAAGAAAAUAAAUUUAUGCUUUCUCAAAUUAUUCCUUUUAAUAAACAAGAAAUAAACAUUCUAAAGCCUAAAAUAUUUUUAAACUAUAAAAUAAAAUGUCCAAAAUUUCUUAUAGAUUCUAUACCAUUGUGUGAUAUAGUUACAACACGAGAUAAAAUAAGAUAUUUAGAAGAUAUGAUUAGAGAAAUAUACAACUUUAUACAAAAUUCACCAUUAAUGAAUUCUGUAAAAAAUGGAAAACUACUAAAUGUAAUAAAUGAGAAAAAUUUGAUGCAUAAAAAUAUUGAAAAUACAAAUAUAUCAAAUAACAAAAAUUUAAAUUUUAUAUGUAACAAAUUAAAAUGUAAUGAAAAAUGUAAUAUAGAAAAAAACCAAGAAGAAAAAAAUAGUUAUGAAUUUUAUAAAAAUAAAAAUAAUUUACUAUAUGAUGAUCAACGAAAUCAACCAAAUAAAUUAAAAAAAUAUCGUAUAUAUUAUAAAAAGGAUGAAAAUAAUAAAUGCAAAAUGGAUAAAAUUACAUACAUAAAUAUUUCUCAAAAAAAUAAGAACUCUCUUCCUAGAAUUAACCAAAAUAAUACCAAUACAAAUUUUACUGUUGAUUAUAAAAAUCAGGAAUCUAAUUAUAAUGCAAGCUGCCAUUUAAAUAAUAAUGAAAAUAAUAUUAUGAACUAUGGUGAAAGUAGUAAAGAAAACAAUUGUGAAAAUUAUAAAGGAAGAAAUAAUAAUAAUAAUAGUAUAAAUUAUAACGAAGACAAUAGCAAUAAAGAUAAUAUUAGCAAUAAUAAUAUGAACUGCACAACUACUAAUUUAAUUAAUAAUAAUAUUUAUGAUAUCCGUAAUUCUAUUUUAGAAAAAAAUAUGAAUAAUACAAAAAUUGAAUGUUUAAAUAAAAACUUUGAUAAAUUUGUAAGUUUAGAUAAAUCAUACAAUUAUCCAUUGUAUUUUGGUGAAAACAAAAUUUAUUCGAAUAUUGAAGAUUCUAAAAGAGAGAGUAAAAAUUUAAAUGAAAAUAUCAAAGGUGAUACUAAUUUAACUGAAAUCUUAUUAGUAAAUAGUAAACUAAAUUGUGAAUACGACAAUAUUAGUGAAGAAAAAACUACCAGUAAAAAAUUUUUGAGAAAAAACGUAAUAAACAGUAAUUUAAAUUUAAAUUCUGAAAAAAGUGACUUAACAAAUGAUAAAACAGAUGUAUACGGUGAUUUGAUCAACAAUGAAAAAUUAACAGAGAAUAAAAAAAAUAAUGAUUUACCUAAUAAACUAAAAAAUAAAAAUGAUCUCGAUUGUUUUCUGGAGAAUAUGGAUACUAGCAUAAUUGAUAAUGAAAAGAAUUUAAAAAAAAAAACAUCUUAUGAAGAAAUUAGAAACGUUACGGAUAAUGAAGAAAAUGAAGAACCUAGUGGAACAGUAGCAAAAAAAAAAAAAAAAAAAAAAAUGGAUGAUAUAUAUCAUCAAAAUGAAAUAAAUGAAACAAAUAAAAUUAAUCAAAAAUGUGAUUUUGAUAUUGAAAAAGACAAUAAUUAUAAUUUGCAUUUAGAAUAUUCUGAUAAUGAAAGUGUUGAAAUACGUAAUAUAAAUUUAGGCCGGAAAAUUAGUGAAAUUUCAAGUGGAAAUAGCGUUUUUAAACUUGACAAAAUUUCGGAUUCAUGUAAAAAUAAUAAUCUCAAAAAUAUGAAUAAUCCUAUAAAAACAAAAAAAAAAGAAAUAUAUGUAAAAAAAAAAAGUCAUUCAACUAAAAGAAGUGAUCAUAGUAAAGAAAUAUAUAAUGAGAGUAAAAAAAAAAUUGAAGAUUUAAAUAAUAUAAUUGAAGAGAAUAAAAGAGAGCUAGAAUUGAGAAAAAUAGAAAUAGAAAAGCUAAAGCAUUCUAAUAAUAAUAUAAAUAUACUAUAUGGAGUAUGUUAUAGAAGAUUGCUAGAAAUUGAAAAAAAUAAAAAUGUAACUGAAGGUGAUUUUUUAUUUAAAUUUAAUGAAAUAGACAACUGUAAAUUAAAGGAUACUUUGAUAUCGAAUGGUAGUUUUAAAAAAAGUAAAUAUCCUACCUUAUAUAAAAGUAAUUCAUUUAAGGAUAUAGAAAAUACCUCAAAAAUCUUAAAAAAAAAUAAAAUGAAAAAUAAUUAUAUAGCAUUAUCAAAAUCUCCUAGAAAAAAUUCUGUUAUAAAAUUUGUAGAAGAUCAACAAAACAACUUAAAUAUGAAUGAACAGAAAAAUGAAAAAGGAAAAUUAUAUUUAGAUUUGAUAGAUGAAUUAAUAAUGAAUACUAAAUUUGAUGAUAAAGAAAAAAAUCAGAAAAUUAGAAAUAACUUAAAAAAGUAUAUAAAUUUAACUGAUAAAAAAAAAGCACCUAAAAAUGAUAUGGAAACAAAUAAUCAUGAAAACAAAAAAAAGGAAUUAAAGAUUCUUCUAAAAGAAAAUAAAAUUUUAAAAAGAAAAAUAAAUAAAUUAAAAUUAAGUGAUGAAGAAUAUUUAAAUAUUAUACCAUCAUUUAAAGAAGAAACUUUAUUGAAUAAUAUGGAACAUAAGAAAAUAAAUACUACUUCUCAGAAUAAAAAUGUAGAAAAAAAUUACAUUAUCUUAUUUUUAGAUAAAAAACACAAAAAAAAAUCUCCUAUCGAUAUUGAAAAAAAAAAUAGAUAUUAUAAUAGUACUAGAUUUAAUUUACCUAUAGAUUUAAUUAAUAACUAUUUAUGUGAUACAACAUCUGAUAAAACUGAUUUCGCGGGUAAAGAUAUGAAUCAUGAAGAGAUAAUAACAAAAUGA